UGGAUUCCUCAAGUGUUAGCCAUUAGGUCGCCGUCGUCGCUUGUUGCUUGUGGCGCUACAGCAGCUCCGCCAACGAUCUAAAGAGUCUUAUAAUUAAGUAGUGGAUUAAUAUUCGAAUAUAUAAAAUAGCCAACCGAUGGCCAAAAGUGAAUCUAUAUAAUGUUCGAGCCUCUAGCACUGCCCCCGAAAAACAAACAGGCACAGCUAAUGGCCGAGAGGCAGCCGUGAGAUGCAGUCCCGCUAAGCCAGCACAGUAAGAUAGUGCUUGAAGUCCGCUAGAAGCACGGAACCGCCCGGAACCCCAAACACCAAAGCACUGAACGCUGGAAUGUGGCCAAAUCAUUAUUAUCAUCAGCAGCCGCAGCAGCAGCAGCAUCAAUAGCCAGAUCGAUCUCCUCAAAGAUAAUUAAACCAUCAUUAAGCAUCAACAGCUCCAGCACCAACUUCAGCUCCAGCGAGAGAGAAACAUAAGAUGCAGGUGCCCGAGCACGUUGUCUCCCUGUACAUCGCCACCUGUGGCCAGAAUGGACCCGGACUUGGAUCUGACGAGAAGGAGAUCAUACUGCUCGUCUUCGUUCUGCUGGAGGUCGCCACGGGUCAGAUCAUCGGCACCAAACAAAUACUCGUCCGGCCCGAUGGCUACUUCAUCAAAGACCGCACCACCUCGACCUCCUCGGACACCUCGAACGUCACCAGCAGCAACACGGCCUGCUCCCCGCCCCUGGCGGGCAUUGACAUCGGAGCCAUCAAUGGCAAUGUCAAUGCGAAUAGCAGCGCCUCGAGCAGCAUCGGCAGCGGAACGGGGAAUGGAAGCAGCUCAGCGAAUGGCGUUCUCGAGAACAGCAGCGAGCUGAUUCUGCCGAUAGCCGAGGCCCAGGCAGCGGGAAAACCGCUCAACGAAGCCAUCGAGGAGUUCGAUAACUACCUUCGGUCUCUGUCGCUGCACGACACAGACAUCCAGAUGAUCACGGAUGGUCAGCUGCCCCUGAGGCAGUGCCUGCACCGCGAGGCCUGCGCCAAGGAUGUGGAGCUGCCUGACUACUACAAUCGGUUCAGCGACCUGCGCAAAGAGUUCCUGCGCUUCAAGUCCGGAGAUCUGUCGCGGGCCCUGGUCCCCGUCAAGGACAUAAAGAAGAUGCUGCAAUCGCCCACACUGCCCGUGCCUCAGUCCAUCGGAGAGAUGCUGAAUGAGCUCAACACGACGUCGGUGGAGGACAACGGCUUCCACAUACGCGAAUCUCGCGACAUGGUCACUGUGAUCCAGACCCUCCUCCUGGCAGGUCACAAAUUUGCCUCAAACGAGCUGGUCACCCUGAACCUGGAACCUGGAAUUUGCUCAAUCGACGACGAGGUCGACGGCAACUGCAUAGUGCGCGCCCGCGGACUGCCCUGGCAGAGCAGCGACCAGGACAUUGCCAAGUUCUUCCGUGGUCUCAACGUAGCCAAGGGCGGUGUCGCUCUUUGUUUGUCCCCACUGGGCAGGCGUAACGGCGAGGCUCUAAUACGCUUCGUCUCCCAGGAGCACCGAGACAUGGCGCUGAAGCGGCAUAAGCAUCACAUCGGGGCCAGGUACAUCGAGGUGUACCGCGCCUCGGGCGAGGACUUUCUCGCCAUUGCCGGAGGCACCUCCAAUGAGGCGCAGGCCUUUCUAUCCAAGGGGGCCCAGGUGAUCAUUCGAAUGCGGGGACUGCCCUACGACUGCACGGCCAAGCAAGUGCUCGACUUCUUUACCACGGGCGAGGCGCCCUGCCACGUGCUGGAUGCGAACGAGGGCGUUCUUUUCGUGAAGAAGCCGGAUGGGAGGGCCACUGGAGACGCCUUCGUGCUGUUCGCCAACGAGGGGGAUGCCCCGAAAGCCCUGGGGCGACACCGUGAGUCCAUUGGGCAGCGAUACAUCGAGCUCUUUCGCUCGACCACCGCCGAGGUGCAGCAGGUCCUAAACCGCUCCAUGGACCCCAAGACCUUUGAGACAAGCAGCCACAGCCAGCCGCCGCUAAUCGCCCAGCUGCCCACUAUGCAGCUGCCCCUGCUGCCCCAGGUGGGUGUCGUCACCCAUGGCAAUGGCCGCGUACCAGUUCCAGUCCCAGCUAACCUGUGCCCACAUCCCCAUCCCCCACAGCACCUUAUCACUUCGGGAACGACAAAGAACUGCAUCAGACUGCGCGGACUGCCCUACGAGGCCAUGGUGGAGCACAUUCUCCACUUCCUGGAUGACUUUGCCAAGCACAUCAUUUACCAGGGCGUGCAUAUGGUGAUUAAUACGCAGGGCCAGCCCAGCGGCGAGGCCUUCAUUCAGAUGGACUCGGAGGACUCCGCGCGACUCUGCGCCCAGCGCAAGCACAACCAGUUCAUGGUCUUCGGAAAGAAGUUCCGCUACAUCGAGGUGUUCCAGUGCUCCGGCGACGACAUGAACACGGUCCUCAACGGCGGACUGGCCUCGCCCGUCGCCCAGGCACCGGCCCACCACGGCCACGCCCACAAGCAGCCCUCGCUGUUAUCCACGGGUAUGUUAGCUCAGUCGCCGCCGAUUUCAACCGGCGCCCAGUCGGCCAUCUCCGGCUCACACACACACCCGCACGCACACUCGCAUUCGCACGCCCAGGGCUACGUCUCCGCUCACCAUGGCUUGCCCACGUCCCCAGCCCUCCUGGCGCCCCUUAGCUCCUCCUCAGCCGCUGCUGCGUCCGCUGGCGGACUGGCCUCCUUCAUGGCCUCCCAGCCAUCGGCCGCCGCCGCACACUCUUCGCUGCAGAACGCAGCUGUGGCCCUAAGCUCCCUGUCGGGCCAGGCCCCACCCGGAUACCCCCUCAACUUCUCGCUGCCGCCGCCCUCCUCCCAGGCGGCCGCCAGUCCCGCCCUGCUCGCACAGCAGCAGGCGCAGUUCAUAGCCCAGCAGAGCCUUUUGGUGCGCCAGCAGGCCGCCGCAGCCCUGGCCGCCGAGCAGCAGCAGCAGCUUUACGCCAACGCCAUGCUCCAGUCGCACCCCCUCUACCUGAAGCAGCACCAGCAGCAGCAGCAGCAGCUCUAUGCCAAUGCAAUGCUGCAGUCAGGCCAGCCCCAGUUCGUGUUCAUGCAGCGGCCUUACAUGCCGCACUUUCCCCUUGGCUACAUGCAAGCUGGAGCGGCUGGCAGUGCGUCUACCUCGGCCCUCGCACAGGUUCAAGCCCAGGCACAGGCUCAGGUGCAGCCACAGUCGAUGAAGCGGUCGUACGAGAACGCCUUUCAGCAGGAGGCGGCUGGAGCAGCGGCUGCAGCCAGUGCGGCCAAGCGGGCGCUCACUCGCACGCCUAGUAGCUGCUACUCGUACUAUAAUCCGGGAAUUUGAGGAAAGCCUCCGCAUACAAGUCGAUUUCGCGACAUCUCCAGCACUUCGUGCACAUUCCGCUUCACUCCAUUCCGUUUGCAAUCCAUUGUGAGUGGCGUCGGAGUGCUAUAUAAACAUAUACAUAGACAUAUAAACCACACAUCUAUCCACGAUCCACGUAUAUCAUGUUCCAUCAUGGCAACCCACAGGGACACACACAUGUAUACCAGACAUAUUUUAGAGCUUUAUUUUAUAGUGAAUCGAUUUCGUUACCGGAAGAUAAUGGAAUGAGAGUAGCCUUAAGUAAAUGAGUACUCUUCUUGUAUGGAGUAUAAGCAUUCCUGUCUAUGGUCUAAGCAUAUACAUAUAUAUAAUAUCGUACACACGCGCACACGCACAUACAGUCGCACUGCCUCUCACUCAAACGCAUAUGAACACACGUUAACGGAGGAUCCCAGAAUGAUUUGCUCACCUUUCUUCCACAUUCGGAUGCUUGGAGUGUGUGUGUGUGUGCGCGUGUGCGUGUGUGACAGGGAGGGAUCUGGGACGCAUAGCUGUAUAGCACAUUGUUCCCAGUCCUGUCAAACCCCCCUCCCCCCCCCCCCCCACGAUUCGAAGGCAAUCAACAGAGGCUAACGUCAUUCGUGGAGGAAGUACGGCAUGGCCUGGGACUCGCCCACGCCCAUACAGUGCAAUCUACUUUUAAUGUCUCUUCCGGUUCAAACACCACUCCACACUCGCACUUCCCCUACGAAUGGCGUCAGGUGUUGGCUCAUGCGCUCAAAUUUUAACGAAAUUCUGUAAGACAAUAUGUGGAAUAUCCAUAAUCGAUAAACGCCUAGAUAUAUGAUCGUACCACUUGUAAAAUUGGUUGGCAUUAAUUUUAAUCAGUCUGAAA